AUGUCAGUGUCAGAGGAAUCCGGUGGCACCACCGUGAUGGAUCAGACUUACGAGUUCUUGGCACCGCGAUUCUUCGACUUCAACAAAGGAGAGACUACUGAAGAAUCACAUAGGGCUGAGCUCUGGUUCGACACUGCUCUCUCUUACGCUCCUUCUCCAUUCAUGCCUAAAAUCAAGACUUCUAGAUCUAUUACUGUAGAUAGCUUGUGUGAUUUUGGUGAAGCAGACAAAAUGCAGCAGAUGUUAGCUAGUGUUGAUGAUAGUGUUCUGGAAACGAAUAUACACCCACAGAGCAUAACUACCAAAACAGAGGAAGAUGAAGCUGACAAAAUGCAGAAGGCGUCAGCAAAUGUUGAUGAGAAAGUUCUGGAGACUAAUAUAAAACCUCAGUGUGUGACUACUGUAAAGAAAGAUGAUGCACCUUGCACUGAUAAGGAAAUACAUGACAAUGAUUAUAAAGAUGAUGGUGGAUGCUUGGUUUCGUCAUCUGGAGGAGCAUCUGUUGAAGUAACAAAAGAUGCUUGCACUCCAAAACCAGCAUUGCUGAAAAAAGUCACCACUUCCACUAAUUCCAAGAAGACACAUAAUAAGAAGAUUCCCGCGAGUACAAAAUCUCAGUUAAAGUCAGCAACCGGGAAGAGCAUUGCUGGUGCUCUUCACUUGUCUCAAGAAAAUCAAGCUAUUAAGAGGCAAAAAUUGGAAGGAGGAAAAUCUAGACAGAUUCUAAAUGUCAGGCAUCAAACUUUGCCUCAUGACAAAUCAAGAUUGGGUUUUACGGUGCCUUCUAGCACUAGUAAAACUCAGAAAGAGGAUAGAAAGGUUUAUGUUCGUGAGACACCAACAACACCAGCCUCUGUACCAUUUGUAUCAAUGGCAGAAAUGAUGAAAAGAUUUCAGUCUAGUACGAGAGAUCUAGCACUGCCCAGCAUUGUUUCUCAUACAAAACCAAAACUUACAUUGACCAGGCCUAAGGAGCCUGAAUUUGAGACUUCUCAGCGGAUUCGCCCAGCUAGGGUGAAGAGUAGUGCAGAGCUUGAAGAAGAAAUGAUGGCUAAAAUUCCAAAAUUCAAGGCUCGACCAUUGAAUAAGAAGAUUUUGCAAACUGCAACUUUGCCUCCUAUUCCAAGAAGUACACCUCAGCCACCAGAAUUUAAGGAGUUUCGUCUGGAAACCUUGACUAGGGCCCAUCAAAAUGCAGAUACAGCUUCAAUAGCUUCAACCGAGGUGUCUCAUAAGGGGAAUUCAUGGAAGCCUCACCACCUUACAGAACCAAAAACUCCACUACUCCAAACUUCACUAAGGGCACGCCCACCCAAGGUGAAAAGCUCAUUAGAAUUAGAGCAAGAGGAAAUUGAAAAUAUCCCCAAAUUCAAGGCAAGACCUCUAAAUAAGAAGAUCUUUGAAAGUAAAGGGGAUAUUGGAAUAUUCUGCAAUACCAAGAAACAUGUUACUGAACCUCAAGAAUUUCAUUUUGCCACAGAUGAAAGGAUUCCACCACCUGCUUCUUCCGUUGCUGAUUUAUUUGGGAAGCUUUCUUUGAAGUCUGAACCAGAACGUAACCACAACCCAAUUCCAAGAAACACAAUUCCAAAUCCAUUCCAUCUCCACACAGAGGAAAGAGGUGCUGAGAAAGAGAAGAAACUGAUAAUGGAACUUCUGCACAAACAGUUAGAAGAGGAAAUCGCAAGGAUUCCCAAGGCUAAUCCAUACCCUUACACCACCGAUUACCCUGUGGUCCCACCAAAACCGGAACCAAAGAAAUGUACAAGACCAGAGCCAUUCCAAUUGGAGAGCUUGGUCAGACAUGAGGAAGAAAUGCAAAGGGAGCAGGAAGAAAGACAGAUAAUGGAAAAAGAAAAGGCUCAGAUGAGAGAGUUUAAAGCACAACCAAUCUUAAAAGAAGACCCAAUCCCUGUUCCAGAGAAGGUCCGCAAACCUCUAACACAAGUUCAGGAAUUUAGUUUACAUGUGAAUCAUCGGGCCGUGGAUAGAGCACAAUUUGAUGAAAGGAUUAAAGAAAAAGAAAUGGUCUACAAACGAUACAGAGAGGAGAGUGAAGCAGCAAAAAUGAUAGAGGAAGAGAAAGCGUUGAAACAAUUGCGAAGGACAAUGGUUCCUCAUGCUAGACCAGUUCCAAAAUUUGAUCAUCCGUUUUGUCCCCAAAAGUCUUCCAAGAACAUAACGAAGCCCAAGUCACCAAAUUUGCGUGUACUGCACAGAAAGGAAAGACGAAAGGUAUUCUAUGGAACCGUAGUCUCGAGUCCUGCUUCUAACAUGAGAUGA